AUGGCCACAGACUUCAUCGACGCAUUUAGACGGCUGCAGAGACACGAGAGAAGGCAGGCGCUCGAUGCUCUAGCCACGGAGCUAACCUCCUCCGAGUGGAGAGCACUCAUCUCCAGUCGUACCUUCCACUGCGACUUCAUUAGAAGACUUCCUCUUGAGCUGGUGGCCCAUGUCUUCUCCCACUUGGAUGUUGCUGCGCCCUAUCGCCUGCGCAUCGUCUCCAAACACUGGAACCAUAAACUCGGGAGUCUGCACAUCCUUAAAACAGGCCUUGACCAGUGGUACCAAGGCACGGCCGACCUCGGAGAUGCCGACCAUGCUUUGUGCGAGAGAAAAGCGAGAGCAAUCCAUGCCUUCCGCACAGGUAAGCCGACGAGUGUCAUCAAGAUAAUCCUAGAUGAGCAGCCUGCCCAACCCAUACUCGCUGGCAAUCAUCUUGUUUUGGGCCGGUUUGAACGUCACGUCCAUGUGCUUAACCUGGACUCAUGGCAGCUCCGCAGUUUGUGUGGAGAAGCACGUGAGAAACUCUCGGGUGUGUUUGUCUCAGAUCAGAUCAUCGCACUGACGACAUACUCGAACAUAUGUUAUGUUUACGAAUUGCAGGGUGGACAAGUGCCCAAGAAGUUCAGCGUGCCGAACAUGAUGUACUUCACAAGCGUUGCUUGUCGUGGUCGCACCAUUGCGUGUGUUGCUCAUCUUGCUAAACGUACAACCGUAUUCAUUUGGGAAUACAAUACACAGCGCGGCCGGUCUUUUGAGGUCAGCCAUGGCCCCGAUAGCCUCUUCCCUGAGCUGGAUUCGGACCCGCCCGCCAGGAAACUUGUGCCGCCUCUCCUCCAACCCGAGGCGGAGACAAUCAUACUAUUUUCCCUCUUCGGACACUCCUCGGACGAUCCGAAAGGCGGGAAGCACUUGGCAUUCAGCCGUUACACAUACAGUGGGGAGUGUAUUGGCACAUUCCGUCCAUGUUUCCCAGGAUUAAACAAGAUGGAGCUGUUCAAUUCUGCGAACGGCUUCGUUCCAGUGAAUCACGACGGCUCUCUACUUGCAAUGCGCAUAUAUUGGAUAUCUCAAUCAAUGGAUUCCCCAUGCCUGCUGCGAUUUGAUGAAAAGGCGAACGACCUGAGGGUUUGGGAGGGGUCAGAGUUUCCUGCUCCUGAACCCUUGAAGAAUGAACGGGGCACAAUGGCCUGGUUGAACGACACCUGUUAUGGAUUUAAAACGCGACCGUCGGACGCAAAGGUUCAAGACAUGGUCGCUUACAUGGGAACAAAAGAUACCAAAACUUACACGUUGAUCGUCUCUGAGCAGAGGUCUAGCUACCUUGCUAUUGAAAGGGCCAUUAUGACGAACGGUGAAUAUGUUAUCCGAACACACAACAAGAGCUUUUUCAUACUGUGUUUCGACGAUGACGAUAAUGGCAGCCGACCGAAGGAGAGUGACUCGUUCUUUGACAUCGGGGAGCUUGAAGUACUCUUCUCGUCCCGGAACUGACGCAGCAGCAGUAGUGGCUGUAGCAUUUCAUCUAAUAUGUAUGUAAUUUAAGUAAGAGUCAGCUUUAUAGAUGACUAAGUCGGUCGCAUAGAGGACAUUAAUGUAGGCACGUUUCGAGCAGAUAGAUAAGCGCUAGCUAUAGGCAUUAUUGCACUUGGAGGCGUACCCUAAUCUAAUGUUUAUGU